CGCAAGAACCCGCGUAGUCCUCUGGCGCGCCACGUCUGCCGGGCUGGUGAUGGCGCGGCGGUGAGGGGGGCGGAGUCGGCCCGAACAUCAGGGGAAGAUGGCGGCCAGCAUCCGGGAGAAGCAGACCGGGGCUUUGAAACGCAUGUUGAAUUUUAAUGUGCCACCUGUUAAAAACAGUACAGGUGAACCAGUAUGGAAAGUUCUUAUUUAUGACAGAUUCGGCCAGGACAUAAUAUCGCCAUUACUCUCUGUGAAAGAAUUAAGAGAUAUGGGCAUUACUUUGCAUCUUCUUCUUCAUUCUGAUCGAGACCCUAUUCCUGAUGUUCCAGCAAUAUAUUUUGUAAUGCCAACAGAAGAAAAUAUUGAUAGGCUGUGCCAGGAUCUUAGAAAUCAACUUUAUGAAUCGUAUUAUUUAAAUUUUAUUUCUGCCAUUUCAAGAAGUAAACUGGAAGAUAUAGCAAAUGCUGCUCUUGGUGCCAAUGCAGUUGCACAAGUUGCUAAGGUUUUUGACCAAUACCUCAAUUUCAUUACCUUGGAAGAUGACAUGUUUGUGUUAUGCAAUCAAAAUAAGGAGCUUGUUUCGUAUCAUGCCAUUAACAAACCAGACAUAACAGAUACAGAAAUGGAGACCAUUAUGGAUACAAUUGUUGAUAGCCUUUUCUGUUUCUUUGUUACACUCGGAGCAAUUCCAAUAAUUAGAUGCUCAAGAGGAACAGCAGCAGAAAUGGUGGCAGUGAAAUUGGAUAAGAAACUCCGAGAGAACCUUAGAGAUGCCAGAAAUAGCCUUUUCACCGGCGACACACUUGGGUCUGGGCAAUUUAGUUUUCAGAGACCUCUUUUAGUACUUGUUGACAGAAAUAUAGAUUUGGCAACUCCUCUACAUCAUACGUGGACCUACCAAGCCUUAGUACAUGAUGUACUGGAUUUUCAUUUGAACAGAGUUGUUUUGGAAGAAUCUUCAGGAAUGGAAAAUUCUGUAGCAGGUGCUAGACCAAAGAAAAAAAAUAAAAAAACAUAUGAUUUAACUGCAGCUGAUAAAUUUUGGCAGAAACACAAAGGAAGUCCUUUUCCAGAGGUAGCAGAGUCUGUCCAGCAAGAGUUAGAAUCCUACAGAACUCAAGAGGAUGAAGUGAAGCGGCUUAAAAGUAUAAUGGGGCUGGAAGGUGAAGAUGAAGGAGCAAUAAGUAUGCUGUCUGAUAAUACAGCUAAACUAACUUCAGCUGUUAGCUCUCUUCCGGAGCUUCUAGAAAAGAAAAGACUCAUAGAUCUUCAUACAAAUGUAGCAACAGCUGUUCUGGAACAUAUAAAGACUCGGAAACUAGACGUGUAUUUUGAAUAUGAAGAAAAAAUUAUGAGCAAGUCCACAUUGGAUAAAUCACUUUUGGAUAUGAUUUCUGAUCCUGAUGCGGGAACUGCAGAAGACAAGAUGCGACUCUUUCUUAUCUAUUUCAUAAGUUCUGUACAGCUACCUUCUGAGGCAGAUUUGGAACAGUACAAAAAAGCACUAACUGAUGCUGGAUGUAACCUUAAUCCUUUAAACUACAUUAAGCAAUGGAAGAGACAGAUGACUAUAGGUAUUUUGACCCUAAAAUGUUGCGAGGUAGUGACAGCUCAGUUCCACGAAACAAAAAUCCAUUUCAGGAGGCAAUUGUAUUUGUAGUUGGAGGUGGCAAUUAUAUUGAAUACCAAAACCUUGCUGAUUAUAUAAAGGGAAAACAAGGUAAACAUGUCUUAUAUGGCUGCAGUGAACUCUUUAAUGCUGCAGAGUUUUUAAAACAGGUAAGAUUUAAUUUUAAAACAUAAUUUUAAAAUAGAUUAAUAUGUAGAGAUAUAAAAUAUGUUAGUGAAUGUAUUCAAGCAGUUAAUAUGUUUUGUCUUAAGACUCAUUCCUAGAAGAUUUAAGGUUGACAACAAGGUGCUCAGCACUGAUAUAAAGAAAGCAAGAGGCAUAUUCCUAUUUUAUUAUAGGCCCAUGUUUUGUUGUGUUCAAAUCGGUAAUUAAUCUCUUGUGAGAACCUGUUCAGGAAGGGGCGCAAUGGCUCAGUGACUUAAUGACUCUGGAGAGAGUCUCUGCUCCAGUGGUUCAAGUCUUAGAAUUGUGUAUCGGAGUGAGUUCAUGUCACUCGCCUCAGCUUCUCUCCACCUAACAGUUCAAAAGCAUGUUCUAUUGUGAGUAGAUAAAAUAGGUACAACUUCAGGGAGACAGCGGGGGUGAGCUGGUGCUCCGUGCAGGCAGUCAGAUUCCUGUCCCGGUUGUGGCACUUGUUGGCGAGGUGGGUCCGGGGAGGGAGGGAACCUUGGAUGAUGCUGCAGGAAGAGCUGCUUGUCUUCCUAUCUGGUACGAAGCCAGCUCAUCCUGUUGUGGUGCGUCAUGGGAAGUGCACAAGCAUUUUCUACAGCAGGGCUGGUUCCUUGUCAGCCAAACUACUACUCUGCAAUAGUAUUGUGGUCUCCUGGUUAAUGUGAUAAUUGUUAUAUAAUAAUAAUAAUAAUAAUAACAACAACAACACCUAUUCAGGUAACCAGACGUUUAGCACAAAAGUCUCAUACUUGGUUAUAAGAUACUUGGUUGAUAGAUGAUUGAUACCUAGGAUGCUGGCAGCAACCCAUAUCUACCAUCA